CAGCUGCAUCCCACAGAGUUGCCACGCAGGCCUCAGCCAAGACCUUUCAGGCCGGACAGGAGUGCCGACCCAAGGUCUCGCAGCCUCCCUCACUGCCCUGCCUUUGACGGUGUCCAGGGAGGGUCUGCCAGGCCUGGACUGGGCACGAUCCACCUUCCCCAGUCACCGGCUGGUUUCCCAGAGGAGAAGGCCGAGGACUGAGAAAGAAGCCAGCCUGCCCCAUGCCCGCCUGGGGAGCCCUGUUCCUGCUCUGGGCCACAGCAGAGGCCACCAAGGACUGCCCCAUCCUGUGCUCCUGCCGCGCCCUGGAAACCAUGGGGCUGUGGGUGGACUGCAGGGACCGUGGGCUCACAGCCCUGCCUGCCCUGCCGGCCCACACCCGCCACCUCCUGCUGGCCAACAAUAGCCUUCAGUCUGUGCCCCCGGGAGCCUUUGACCACCUGCCCCAGCUGCAGACCCUCGACGUGACGCAGAACCCGUGGCACUGUGACUGCAGCCUCACCUACCUGCGCCUCUGGCUGGAGGACCGCACACCCGAGGCCCUGCUGCAGGUCCGCUGUGCCAGCCCCAGCCUUGCUGCCCACAGCCCGCUGGGCCGACUGACAGGCUAUCAGCUGGGCAGCUGCGGCUGGCAGCUGCAGGCGUCCUGGGUGCGCCUGGGGGUCUUGUGGGACGUGGCGCUGAUCGCCGUGGCUGUGCUGGGCCUGGCUCUCCUGGCUGGCCUGCUGUGUGCCACCACAGAGGCCCUGGACUGAGCCGGGCCCCCAGAACCCCUGGCCCCAGGCCAGGGGGCCAGUCCCUGAGGCAGAUCCCCAGACUCCAACAAGCCUGGUCACCCCAAACUUCCGGAAGCCCAAAAUAAACUGGCAGCUCGGCCAUUUUAUAUAA